AGACGCGUUUUUACUACAAAACAACCUUUAUCAUGCAAAAAUAUAAUCCAUGGAGAAAAUAAUGCGCUUUUAAUUCAUCAUUUAAUAUUUAAGCAACUUUACAAACCAUGAGAGGAGACACAACUAAGGAUGAAAUGGACGCGGCGGAUGAACACGGAGGAAGUGCAGAGGCUGCAACCGGAGAAAGAAGAUCUGACGAUCAGUUCCUUAUUGAUCUCGCAGAUGUGACAGACAAACAGCAGCUAAACAUCGGACAGAGUCUAGGGCAGGAAACUCCCCAUUUAAAUCCCCAGAAUGAAGUCAGUGGGGGUUUGGCCAGAAGUAACCCUUUUUACAAUAAUGAUUUGGGAUCUGGUCAUGUGAUGGAGGACGAACGGAGGAAGACUUCAGAAGCAGUAAACCUUGAGGCCAUCUUUGUCCCUCCGCCUGAAUUUCAGAGUUCACCUCUGGAUCUUCAGCCUGAAAAAAGUACUGGAAAUGGAGCUGAAUUUUCUGAACUUCCAAAGGACCUAUUCCAGACCGUUGCCCCUAACCGUGUGCAAAGCCACUUCCAGACACCGACAUUGGCCCAAAAUGCAUCUGCCAACGGCCAUUUUCUUGACAAAACUCUGAACUCGCCAGACAUAUUCAAACCUUUACCCUCUGAAACACGAUAUGAAGGGGUCGAUCUUUUCCAGGCUGCUAAAGGAGAUGAUUUAUUCAAUGCUACAUGCACAAGUGAGGUUAACCUCUUUAAAAAACCUUUCAGUGUUUUUGAGGAUCCAUUUGAAUCUCCUACAAACAAGGGGGAAGAUCUGUUCCAGUCUUCACAGCCAAACAUAGCAAACCCAUCGCCAUUAACCGAAGAGGCGGAUUCGAUUCGGGAAGUUCCGAAUAGAAAUGGGGAACGCUUCCACAUCGGGGAAAACAAACAAGAUAACUUUAUGAAAGAGGACAUUUUUGGCUUGUCUUCUUUUAAGGAAAAUCUGGAUGUAUUCUCACCUUCAUCCACAAAUUCAGUCGAUCCAUUCCCAAGCCCGAUUACAAGGGAUUUAUUCCAAGACGUUUCCAGUUUGGAAGACCCGUUUGGCCCCACACCCGUGAGAUCAAAUGAUCCUUUCCAAGAUUUUUCACCUUGGACUCCAGAUAUCUUCCAACCACUUCCCUCGAAGACCAACAGCAUGGAUGUUUUUGGGAUGGCUUUCAGCAAUACUGCCCCUAAAGCAGUUUACUCCAAGUCGUCUGUUAGCAGCCCAUCAGACAUGAAGUUGGACAUGCUAUCGUCACCAGAUCUGUUCAAGAAAACGGCAAUAAAAGCUCCUCCUCCAGCGGUCAGGCCGAAGCCGUCCAUCAGGCAACACGAUAUUAUCUUGACGACCCCCCAGGGGAGCACGCAUGAUAUUCUUCAGCCGAGUCCCUUCAGUCGGGCCAGGAAUCUGUCCAUGACACCAAGCCAGUCUGCAGCGGAAAAGACUCAUGUUUCCAACUUCAAACGUCCACCAAAGCCACUCCCUCGAACUAGACCACCAAGGACAGAAAAGACACCCCUAGCAGAAAAGCUACCAAAACCAGAACGGCCGCCACCACCGACAAACCAUAUUGAAACAACAGAUAAGCCUGAAAAACCAGAAAGGCCGCCAGCACCAGCAAACCCUAUUGCACCUGAAGCUAUUGUACCGAAAACCUCUCCCAAAACCGCCUUCAGACCGCUUUCGAAACCAACACCUCUGGAGGAAACUAAAGCAUUUGAAAAGGAAAACUUUGCUGUCUUUGAGGACAUCCUGCUAAUGGGACAGGAAAGAUGUAUUGAGGACUGGCCUGAAGACAGCCCUCAGCUUAACCCUCAAUUCAAACCAUCUGGAACAUUAAGACUACGACGAGAAUCAAUGAGAAUUAAGUUGGACUCUGAAGGAGGAAGUGUUGAGGAUCUGGACGGUUUUGGGGUCAAGACAAAGGCCAAAAAGUUCAGGUUGUCCAUACUUUCCAGAAAAAGUUCGAAGAUUUCUGAGAAGCGGAGAAGCAGCACAAUACCCGCCCUCAGAAAAUCAUCAAAGGAGUAUUUAUCAGAAACAAACACGUCUACAGAAGAGAAUGAAGAUAGUGAGCAAUAUGGGGUGGACUACAAAAAGGAAAAUGUGAAGACCAAAGUCAAUAAGCUGCUUAGAAGAGCGUCCGCUAAUUCCUCCGUGCUGGAUGGAAAGCAAAUGAACGGACAAGACCUGAAGGCAGAAGAGAUCAGAAGGCAAAGGGUCAGCAAGAAAGAGUCGACUGUACGCCGCUGGUCAGAGGGGACAGCUUUGGAUGAUGUCACUUGGGAGGAGGAGGACGAAGAGGAGGAAGAAGAGGAGGAGGAGGAAGAAGAUGAGGAGGAGGAAUUGGGAGCCCAGCACAAAGAGAAGAAAAAGAAGAAGAAGAUGAAAAUUAAGUUUGUGCCUCACAGAGGAUUUGCAAUCACCGUGGAAAAGAAGGGAGCUCACGGAUACACACCUCGCAGAGACUCAAAGGAGCGAUCCCAAGAUGAACUUUUCGGAGCACAUGGCUACACACCUCGUAAUAAAUCCCAGGAUGAUGCUUUUGAGGAUGUGGAGAGACGCCACACUCUUCACUCAACUAGCAAGGCUGCUUACUUGGACGAUAAGCACUUCCAGAAAACACGCCCUAUGUCUGCAGGAUUCAAUGGAGACGAAGACCCAUAUGAAAUGGACGACUGCAAACCUAAGAAACCAACGAAGAUGAAGAUGCUACAAACGGGUCGUCGAAGCUCGAAGGAGAACAUGCUGGAUUUCAACAAUGCUCAGAAAAAGAAGGGCAGCUGCUCAGCGGACGAGUUAGACGACGAUGAGUGGAUGGAGUACUGCAAACCGAAACUCUCCAAAAAGAAAGGCCCUUUUCCCGUCCCGCGCAAAUCAGCCAAAGGUCAGAGAGAGGCGACUGGAUUCAGCCAGCAGAACCCUCAGCAAGCAGCCAGCGAUCCCUUCGCUGAGGGCGACUUUACCCAAACAGGAAAAGAUUUCAUGAGUCCCGGGGAGACGCGUUACAGCGAGGAGGGUGAAGAAGUGGAAACCUGCAAACCGAAGAAGAAAUCAAAACUUAAAGGCUUCAAAAAACACAAGACGAAGAGUAAAGCCAAUCGUCCAGAGUAUGAGGAUCCAGCCGGAGCUACGUCAGCUGACUUCCUGUCGGAGGCUGCCAGGGCGGAGUGGCUGGCAGCUCAGAUUGACGAGCAGGCUUUAGAAGAGCUGGAGGACGACUACGAGGACGGGGACACGGACAGUUUGAUGGAGUGGUGGCACACAGUGGAGCAAUGGGACGAGGUGCCAUCAGACGACGAGGACAAAGUCUUAAAAGAGGAUGAAUCUAAGUCGUUCACCACCUUGGCGGACAAGGUUCAACGCGGCCUGCGUGUCUUCAACCAAAUCUUCACGGAGCGAGCCGAGUUCCUCUGGCAGUCCAUCCUCAGGCUGCACUCCAUCGCCGACGACAUCAACACUUUCCACCAGAAAGCCAAGAUCGCCGGCAUCACCGGAGGAACCACCACGGCUGUGGGGGGGGUGACGGCCAUCGCUGGUCUGGCUCUGGCACCUUUUACCUUCGGAGCCUCUCUGGUGAUAACCGCUGUUGGUGUGGGAGUGGCGACGGCCGGAGGAAUCGCUUCAGCCUCAGCGGCAAUCUCGGAUAACGUUCACAACCUGCACGACCGCAAGAAGGUGGAGAUAGUGCUAGGUGACUACGAAGCUCACCUGCUGGCCAUCGGGAAGAUCCUCCACUUUGUCAACCAGGGCCUCAUCAAGCUCCGCGGGCACCCUUUCCUCCGGUCGGGCACCCAACACUACUCCAAGGACUGGGAGAUCCGCCGCGCGGUGCAGAUGAUCAGCCUGGUGGACACGCCCGUGAUGCACGGGACGGAGACAACGGACAACUUGGUUGCUUCCGUCCAAGGAUUCUUCACCGGCAUGGACAAGUACUUCGCCAAGGACUCUCGAGAGCUGAAGAAAGGCUGCAAGAAGGAGGCGGUGUGUCGGAUAAAGGAGGUGGCCAAUGUGCUCAACGUCGGCAUAAUGGAGCUCAACUCCAUCCGAGAGGAGCUGCAGGAUGCUACCGGAAACAUGUGAGGAGGACACUUUGAAUAUAGGUAUUUCUAAAGGCACCACCACCCCCUCUACUGGCUAAAUGAGGGAACUGUCGGUGUGAAGGAGUCCAUCUGUCCAGUACCUGCAGUUUCAGACAUUUAAAGGGAGUGUAAGGCUGUUUUAUUUGUAUUUUAAAUAUCCAUUGAGGCUGUAGAUUGCUCUUGUAUUUGUGAAAAAGUGUAAGAUGUUUAUUGUAUGCACAUAAAAAGGUUAACAGGGAAACGGGCACUUUUUUGAGCACUGUAUGCAUGUUCUGAGGGUAAACCGUUAAAAGUAGCUUUGUGGUCACAGGUGUUUUUAGUUUAAAUAUUUGAAAUGAUUUUUGCUUAAAAUUAUCCACCCACUGUAUUUACUGAAGGAGCUUUAUUUCACUUUUCUGACACAGUUUCAACCAUGUGUUAAAUUGUAUUUUAUUUCCUGCAUUUCCUAUCAGUUCUACAAACCCCAAUGUCAGAUAUCGGUAUGAUAUAAAUGUUUUUAGUUGAGAAUCUACAAUGAAACAACACAGGCAAAAAAGGACCCUUGCAUCGCCUUAUGGAGUUUUUAACAUUAUAAAUUGUUGUAAAAAUAAUACAUGAUAGGUUGGUUGAGUUAAAGUAGUGUAGUAGUAGUGUUUACCUACAGCAUUACAGUACUCUUUGUUGAAUACGAUAUAUUGUUUACAUAUUCACAAUAAAAACGAAUGUUGUAUACUGUAUAGGGUAAUUUAUUUUUAAUAUGUAACUGUGCUAAGACAAUGAUUAAAUAACUACACAUCUGA